AUGAAAGCUACGGUCACUGAGCUUGCAAUAGUUUCUAGUUGUAGGGGCAACUGUAAUGCACUAGCCACUGCUGGAUUGUGGCCAAAUGAGUUGUUGUGGGUUGAUCCUGAAUGUUGUGAAUUCGGGUGGAUGGGUUGCUCUUGGGUUUUGUCAGGCACCUCCAUUGUGGUUGAAUAUCACAAGAUAAGCUCUAAUGGAUUGUCUGUGGCAUUCUCGUGUUUGGGGCUGAAUGUUGCCUUAUUGAUUGGUUGGAAGACGAUUUGGUUAAGCGAAAAUGCCGCUGAGAUGGCACGGAAAACAAACAGGCUUUUGGAUGUUCUGGCGAAAUUAAUGACAUUUUCUCAAAAUACCACACGAGCUGUCUGCAUUCUGUCAGCAAAUGGUGCCAUAUCCAACGUAACACUUCGCCAAGCUUCAACAUCUGGUGGAACUGUAACUUAUGAGGGACGAUUUGAGAUCUUGUCUCUUUCUGGUUCAUUUCUGCUGACAGAGAGUGGUGGUCAGCGCAGCAGAACAGGUGGGUUGAGUGUCUCACUAGCUGGGCCAGAUGGUCGUGUUUUAGGUGGUGGUGUGGCAGGGCUCCUAACUGCAGCAGCCCCAGUUCAGGUAGUUGUCGGUAGCUUCAUGGCUGAUGGUCGGAAGCAAUCAAAAUCAGGACAAGCUGAAGGUUUGAUUUCUCCACCAAAGCUUGCCUCAGGAGCAUCAGGGGGCAGCCCCCAGUCACGUGGAACACUAAGCGAGUCCUCAGGAGGGCCGGGAAGUCCUCUAAACCAAAGCACUGGAGCCUGCAAUAACAACAAUCCGCAGGGCAUGGCUACCAUGCCUUGGAGAUAGAAUGACUCAUGUCAGAAGUGACUCGCUUGUUCUCAACACCUUUUUCCUGGGCAUGUGCUUUGCAUAACCCCGGUCCAAAGUAUUAGGAAGCUUAAUGUGUAAUUUACGAAUGUUUAUUCCUGCAUUGUAUUAGCCUAGUUGCAGUGGUGAAAGACCAUGACCGUAGUUGAAAGGUUCCUGGGUUCUUAAAUCAUGGUAAGAAGUCUCUUGGAAUUUUGCUGUCAAAUAUUCCCUUGUGAUCUCUUUUCUCCUAUUUCUGUUAUUGUAACACUUAACUGAAUGUGCUCUUUGAAAAAUAAAAACUCCUUGCAGCAACAAUAGUUG